CAUUCGAAAUUUUCUUUGUUCCAACCCUUUACUCUAAUGCACCUCCCCACCAAACCACAUGCAACACCCUAACCCACAAGCUAUUCCCUCAUAUAAAGUGAUGAAAAAACUUUUUUUUCUUAUCUCUUCUUCGCCAUAACUUAUACCAUCUUUUUACAAUCUUUCAAGCAUCUCUCCUUUUUCACUUUUAAUCUCCUUGUUUGCUUCCCAUCUUUCUUCACAUUUCUAGCAUUGUUUUUCAUGGAGCUAAAGUCAUCAUCUCGACUUCAUUCGGUUUCUACAUUUGAUCAAACAGUUGAUUUGAGUAGUCAUCUAUUUUCUAGCAUUGUCACACUCUACAUUCUAAUCUUUCUUUAUUUUCCAAGUAUUUUCUUGAGUUUUGUUCUCUCCCCUGUUUUCGUCUCGACAGGAGUUUUGUUAGUGUGUCUUCUUAGGCUAGGAGCAAUUCAAGAAAUUCAGAAGGAGUUGUACUCUUCGGAAACAUUACGGUCCAAUGAUCCGAGUGAGGAAAUAGCAGGGUCUGAGGAGGAUAAGAUGUACACAGACGAGACUCGUGAUGAUGAGAGUUAUACGUGGGAAUUAUGUGAUUACAAAUUUGGAAAUGCGGAGAAGUCGUUUGUUGAGUGGAAUGUAAAAGCACCGUUGGAGAUCAUAUACGAAGACGAAGAAGAAGAAGAUGAUGACGACGACGACAAUGAUAGAAGUGAGAAUGACUUUAAGGCCAUGGAGAGGUAUCCAUCUUUAUCACUUUACUAUCCUGAAACAGACACUGAUUGCUCUUCGGAUGAUGAUUUUGCAUUAGACAUGAACUGGGAAUCGACAGAGAGUGCAGCAGCGGCUUUCAGGUGGAGCGAAAUGGGAGAUGAGUUGAUUGAGAUUGCAUUAGAUGGGAAGAGUAGGAGCCAGUUUUUUAACGAUGAAGAAGACAGUCUUAUAGAAAUUGACAUUUCUCCUGGAAGAAAUAUUGAAUUUGCCGGCCAGUACUAGACUUUUUGUUUCUUGCGUUUGUGUUUGGGAGUGAUCAAAAUUUAAAUACUCACGAAACUUUGGCCUCUUAUACUCAACUAUACACUUGUAAAUCCAUUCGCAAAUGCCAAACUUCUUCUUUAUCAUAAUUAUCAGAAGCAGGGAGAAGAAAAUAUAGACCGAUCAAUAUUCGAGUUCAUAUUAACAAAUAUACAUUCAUGUUCUGAUAGACGUUCAACCUCUUGUUAUCGAAAGAAUUGAUAUCAGAAAUAAUGGUACGAAAGGGUCUAAUU